AUGGAUGGCUCUGUUUAUGUUCUAGGAGUUGGAAGUAUUGGGACCUUUCUGAGUUGCGAGCUGUCGAGCUUACCAAACUUCGAGGACAAAGUUGUGUUGCUUUUACGAAACAAAGACAGACUUAAACAAUUUAGAGAAAACGGCUCGUACUUGACGCUCGAAAGGAUACUUGACAAUAAACAGGAGUUAAUUCGACACAAAGUGAAAGCAACAUGUCCAUCGGAAGUUAAUGUGGAUGCGCUAGACAAUUUAAUAGUGACUGCAAAGACAACUGAGACAGAAGCAGCAAUACGUGAUUACCUUCCAAUGCUAAAUAAGCAUUCUAACGUUUUGUUUGUUCAUAACGGGUUCGGUGUAAUUGAAGCUUUAAUUAAGACCGUUUGGAAAAAUCCGUACACACGGCCUAAUCUUUAUCAGGGAGUCACUUCACACUCCGUUUCAUCAAAAGAAAGCUUCUGGUAUUAUCACACAUGCUUUGGAGUUCUAAAAAUUGCCAAAGUUCCCAGAAUUGAUGAAGGCCAGUCAGUCCCUAAUACGGUUGAACCCUGUGCCAUGGUACAAGGUUUAUUAGAGGCGAAAAUGACUAACGGUAGUUACUUGGAAUAUGUGGAUUUACUGAUUUUUCAAUGUCAAAAAUUUAUGGUUAAUUCUUGCAUGAACUCCACAACCGCAAUUAUGAAUUGUGUGAACUAUGAACUAUCCAAUAUUACCGAGGUGAAAUCCCUUUUUCAUUCAAUAAUCAUUGAAUGUGUUGAUGUCUUGUUUAAAUCAAACAAUCUUCUAGCUAAAAGUGAAAAAGCUAGGGAGAUUUUAAGUGUUCCGAAAUUAUUGAAUCUAAUUCUGUACCUUGGAUUUGUGGAAAAUGCAAAAAACAGUACUUCUAUGAGAAUUGACACCCUCCAGAAAAGAGAAACAGAGAUUGAUUCGCUGAAUGGAUGGAUUGUCAAGUUGGCUGAGGAGUUAGAUUAUGAAGCUACCGUGAACAAGACGAUAACUUUAUUGGUUAAAGCCAGAACCAAAGUUAAUCAAAGACGUCUUUGA